AUGGCAGGCGAGUUGACAACAACAGCAUCACUGGAUCCAUCCCUCUCUCCUUCUCCUCCCUCACUGCACUCUCCUUCCUGUAAGUCCCUCACCACACUCUCCUCUCUGUCAGUCAUUCCAAAUGCUCCUUCUCUCAAUCCCUUGACAAUCUCCUUCCUCUCACUCCCUCUCCUUCCUCUCACUCCCUCUCCUUCCUCUCACUCCCACUGCUUCCUCUCACUCCCUCUCCUUCCUCUCACUCCCUCUCCUUCCUCUCUCUCCCUUUCCCUUGUCUCACUCCCUCUCCUCCCUCUCACUCCUCCUUCCUCGCACUCCCUCUCCUCCCUCUCGCUCCCUCUCCACUACCCAUACCUCAUUACGCUCUCCGCUUCGAGAAGCUGGUUGCACCACCAUGUGCCUUUGCUGCGACGCACGCUCAAGCGGUCUUACCUGCUCUUCAUAACUCCUUCCAUUGCGCCCUCAUUCCUCGCCUCCUUGCCACGCCUGCAACUCAUGUGA